UGAUACUCCCAGUGAGUUCGUGUUUGAGUCAAGAUCCAAAAAUUUGCAUUCUUAGCAAUCAUCCCAGAUAGUUUCACUACAAAUUAGCAACAGACCGUAUUUUGGGAAGUGCUACAUUAGAGGCAUAGAAAUGGGACAGGAGCAAGAGCCCUGUGGCCCUUUAAGGCUUGAUUAAGGGCAUGUGUUUAAAGCUGUAGUGAUUAGCAGGCCAAAAGUAUUUAUUUCACCCUCUGGGCUAAGGUCAACAGGCCAAGUCUGGAGACCUGCUUUGGCUUUGGAGAUCUUUGCAUAGAAAGCAAAAUAGGACCUGCCCACCCCCCUUUUUUUUCUUGGCCCAUCUUUGGUGGUUGUGGAGCUAGGCUAUCACCUAGCUCCAUACCUGCAUGAAAGAAGGGUCACAGUGUUGUUAUCCUUUGGGUUUAGGUUGGAAGCUAUUGCUGAAUAUCAAGCCUUUCAAGAUGGUUAUCCACAGCAAUCUUAGACUCCUCUUUCUUUUUGUACUGAUGCUUUAUUUGGAAGACAGAGUCCAAAUGGCAGAGGUGGGACAGACCUCUAUUAACUUCCAGGCUGAGAGUCCUAACUUGCCACCUGAUGUAACCCCUGUAAUGCCCCUUGUUGAGAAGCUGCUAGAAGAAACCCCAGGAAAGGAACAGAGAAAGCCAGACCUCCAAAGGCCUCCCCUGCAGUACAUGCUGGAGUUGUACCAGCGUUCAGCUGACUCGGAUGGGCACCCUAGGAAAAACCGUACAGUUGGGGCCACUAUGGUGAGGCUGGUGAUGCCCUCAGCCAAUAUAGCAAGGCAUCUUAGAGGUCUGAAAGGACAUUUCCACACCAGAAAGCCUGCUGGAAGUUUAAGCUGGGUUCCUUUCCAGGGAGAGGGGAACAGAUAUAUGGGUUCCUGGCAUAUAUGGACCCUGAACUUUCUACUAGGACGUAACCGGGUAGCUUACCAACUAGUGAGAGCCACUGUGGUUUACCGCCAUCAACUCUACCUAGCUCCCUUCAGCCUCUCCUGCCAUGUGGAGCCAUGGGUCCCCAAAAUCCCAAAUAACAACUCUUCAGGAAGAGAUUCCUCACAGCCAUCCCUGAUGUCUGAAACCUGGACAGAAAUGGAUAUCACCCAACACAUUCAGCAGAGGCUCUGGAAUCUCAAGGGACAGAGGGUCCUACGGCUCCGUUUUAUGUGUCAGCAGCAAAACAGUAGCAAGGUUCUUGAGUUCCGCUGGCAUGGCAUUUUGUCCGUGGAUGUUGCCUUCUUGCUACUUCAUCUUAAUGAUACUCAUAAAACUGCUCAGAAGGCUGAACUUGUUCCUAGUGGCCUGGAGAAGUUUAUAAAAGGGGAAUCUUUUCUCUUGAGGAAAGCUCGGCAGAUAGACAGUGUUGCAUCUGAGCUUUCUGCCUCCUCCUGGGAACUGGAUAAGUCUGAAAAUAACCAGUGUUCCCUCCACCCUUACACAGUCAGCUUCCGUCAGUUGGGCUGGGAUCAUUGGGUCAUUGCUCCCCACCAUUAUACCCCAAAUUACUGUAAGGGAACUUGCCCUCGAGUACUACACUACGGUCUCAAUUCCCCCAAUCAUGCCAUCAUCCAGAACCUUAUUAAUGAGCUGGUGAACCAGAGUAUCCCUCAGCCUUCCUGUGUCCCUUAUAAGUAUGUUGCCAUGAGUAUUCUUCUUGUUGAGGCAAAUGGAAGUAUUUUGUACAAAGAACAUGAGGGUAUGAUUGCACAGUCCUGCACAUGUAGGUGAGAAUGAAAGUACAGCUCACUGUGGAUUCACAUGAAAUUGGAAAAUGGUUUAAAAGAAAUAAAUAUCACUGUUAAAGCUGAAAUAGCUUUCUCUCAAUCUGUACGUUCUCUUCCUUGCCUCAAGUGUUGGUACUUCAUUUUCCUUCUUUUGCAAGCUAUUCAGUUUAUAAAGUUGUUUUGAUACCAAUCUUCUGGCAUGCAUAACUAUGAUUUCACCACCCUUGAGAGCCUUUAAUUCCUGGGUAUAAAAUGCUCUUUUGAGGGGCUGGGGAUUUAGCUCAGCGGCAUAAGCACCUGCCUUGUACGCAGGCAGUCAUGAGUUCGAUCCCAAAAAUGAAAAAGACCAAAAAAAAUGCUCUUUUGGAGAUGUGCGUUUUUUUGUUCUUGUUUUUGUUUUGUUAUUUAAAUGACAUUAUCUGAAGUCUUGGCUCAUAAUGUUAAACUUUACAAAAUUUCCUGGAAAAACCUAAGGAAGGUGAAGUCUUCCUAGUAUCCAUUUUCUUAUUUAGGGUGGUAAACGUGGCUUUAGAUUUUAUUUAUUUAUUGGUACCAAGAGUCAAACUUAUGACCUCAUGCUUGCCAGGCAGGCACCAUGACACUGAGCUAUAUCCUGGCACUUGGUUUAAAUUUUAUAAUCUCUUUUUUUCCCCUCUAACUCCUAGAAAUCACUAGCAACUCCCUACUUCUGUGCUUGUGCUGCCUUCUACUGUAUCUUAUCUCAGAUGUACUAGAAAACUUUAUAUGAAACAAAUUACUGAAACCUUUUAGCUAUCAUGUCAGGCUUUUUUUCUUAGCCUCUGAAUGUGAGAAAAGUACAUAGGACCCCUUCCUGUCCUAGCAUAAAUACAGCAGCCUUCAAUGAGGCUUACAAAAUAUGAGUAUGGAACUCUGAGAGCAACCACUCCAGACUUUUAGGGUGAAAAGAGAUGUAAUUGAUUGCAAUUAUGCAAGAAGGAGUUACUUUAAACCUUCUAUGGAGCAAAUCUUAUAGGGUAUUUUCUUUAUGUAACACUUAAAUCUUAUUAAUAACUCUACAAUGAAAUUUGCUUAAUGGCUCAAAGCCAGGAGACCUGACUGGAGAUGGGGGUAGCAGGCUUGUGUGUGUGGGUAUAUGAAAGUUUGUGAGGCCUGAAUUUGCCUGGUUUACGUGUGUAGAGGGACUAUGGUGAGAGUUCUUAAUGUCUGAGAAAGGCAUGGACCUCUGCUUUGGAUUUAAUGAUGGCUGCAAUGUGACUCCUUUUUACUGCCUUGAAUUUCUGUGAAACCUAAUCUGUUUAUGGAAGGUACAGGGCUCACUUGAUAUGUUAUCCAUGAAUCCUUGACUUGUGCAAAUCCCCAGGGAAAUCACUGGAAGGAUAUGGUUAGUUGUGGCUAAUGUUAUGGAUUUUCUUUUCUUUAUUAAAAAUUAUUUUUAUGUUUAUGUUGUAUAUA